AUGAAGCUUCUAGUGCUGUUAGCUCUAGUCCCGCUGAGUGUGCAAAACUACGUGCACUCGUCUGGGUACGGUGACAAUAACCCAGCCCAAGUGCAGAAUACUGCAGUCAACUCGCCUCCUGUCAAUCCGCAGGACUAUACUGCUAACAUAUCGCCAGGCAACGUCGGCAGGCCUGCUAGCAGUGGGGGUAGUCAAGGUGGUAAUCGAGGGGGAAAUGGAGGAGCAGCAUUUGAUCUUAGGAAGCCUUUCUACUUUCCUAGAGGUGCUGUGUUUCCCGGUUCACAUGGAAUGAAAGUAGUCGGAAGAGAACUAACAGGAAGGGUGGGUUUUUUUAAAGCAGCUAAGAGUAAUUUAAGAAUUAAUAAGACGGUUUUUCCAAAGGGAAGUAAGUUGCUCAACAGAAUCAGAAGCUAAAA